UCCAAUUCAAUUAUUUUGCGAACCAUUUCCACUGAUAUUGGUGUAUGUUGAUGAUUUUAAAAAUACUAUAAUAAUGAUCAUUUCUGUCCCCAUUUACUUGUUCCAAAUAAUAUCAGUAGUAGCAGCAGCUUUGAAUGACACAUUUAGCUACGAAAGGUUAUACUUUACAUCAACUAACGAUAAAGGGGAACCAGGUGUAUUUGUACAGCUUGAUUUGGGUUAUCCUCCAGCGUUAUUACAGGCAGUUUUGACCACAAAAUUUUCUGAUUCUAUAAUAAGUUCAGUCUUUGAAGGUUCUUCGUAUGUUUUGAUCUAUGAUUCCUCAAAAUCACUUACGUCUCAUAUUUUAAGUGAUAUAACAUCAGGAACUAAUUAUUCAUUUGCAAAUUCAAAUUAUGCUCAAGAUUAUUUAUUCCUAGAUGAAUUUGAAAUCAGCUCAUUUCAAUUUGUUGAUGUAAAAAAAGUACCCCAAAUGGGAUAGAAAUAUCAUUGGGAUGAAUCCAUUGUUAAAUGUCGCAGCUAAAAUAAACAAUGCUGAUGUGACAUAUCCUACUUUCCUCGAGUUUUUAUCUCAAAGAAAUAAUAUUCAAAAAGUAUUUAGCAUUUACAAUUCAACAGAUAAAAUGAAUUUCGAUGGAGAAGUCUUAUUGGGGGG